GCCCGUGCGCGUCCCUUUUUGUACACGACCGCGCUGGAGGGGGCGGGGUUGGCGCGACAAGGCCUGCCAUUAGGUUGCCUGGGACGCCCGGCGGCAUUGCCUGGCACUGGAUGCUAGCGAGCUAUGAAUUCAACUUGCUGCAAUGUUACUACUUCUUCCGACCUUCCCAAUAUGGCGGCAAUAAGUUGCUGAUAGUCUAGCGCUACAGUGUGUCCGACAGGAAGUGUUUAUGGUUUCGCGGCGCGACUUUUCCCCUGAACUGAGAGGGAAAUGGAAAGAAACAGUACCCUUCGGGAAUGCGGGUCAGUUGACCCAUGUACACAAUUGGAGCUGACUGUCAACCAGUGGGUGUUCGAUUAUUAUUUUCACAUUGCAGUGGACGCCUUUAGGAAGGAUCAGCAUAAGGACUUCCAGGAGAUCCGGGACAUUGUUUCCGUCUUACUUCAGCGUCCUUUAGAAAUGAAAGCUCAAAAUGAUUGCAAGGUACGCAUAAUGCAGUGUCUUUCUCGGAUUGAAGAAGGUGAAGACCCAGAUUGCACAUUUAAUGCAGACAACAAUGAAACUCCUCUGGAAUCAGCUGUUGGACUUCUGGAUAUCAUCCAGAAAGAAAUGCCUCUUGAUGAAGAUUUACUCAAAACCAAUAAGCAAAUGGUUAAAGAAGCUGCAGUUUUGGUGUGUAUAAAAAAUCAGAAGUUUGAUCAAGCCAUCAGAAUCUUGAAGAAGUACAUUUCUAACUACAGCAAAAGAAAGCUGCGAGCUGAGCUGCAAAGCAUCAUCCAAGAAAAGAACCAGAAUCAUCCUUUAAUUACAAAUUUUUCCUUCACUUCCAUUAAGAAGAUGAUCUACCAGCUUUUUGAGAAACAUAUUGACGUUACAGCUCCCAUAUUACUGACUAUUGCCAAAAAGGAGCAAAAGUUACAGUGUUUGUCCCAGGACUCUCAAACCCCUACAACAGAGCAAGAAAGGACAACUUUACAGCUUCAGAAUGAAUCUCCUAGAUCUCCGCAGGUUGUCAGCUCAGAAGCAGACUGUGUAUUAUCAUUUGGACUGUCUGUGUUGAAAUCUAAAUUCAAGUCACUCUGCCAAGAUGAGGACCCUGACACAAUCUUCACGGAACUGUGUGAAACGGACUUCUGUAGCCUGGAAACCCCUAAUGACAUUCCUCCUGAGAAGGCUGGAACACACACACACACAAUAUUAAAGGGGCACAGGAAGAAACUGGUUGUAUCGUUGAAGCAGCUAGUAAAGGAAAAAGACAGCCAAUGUAUAAAUUUGAGCGAGAAUUCAAACGUCUCCCAUGACAGGGCACAUCAAGCUGUCCCUCCUGCUCCGAAACCACAGAAACCGCAAAUUACACCUAAGAAAAGGAAAUUAAAUCCGGUGUUAGACCGCUCAGAUAUUGUUGAAGAACAGGACACUUGGAGUGAAGCAGAUGAGCUGUUUAAAGGCAAGAGAGAGAAUGAAAAAACAUCCAAUAACACAACCACCAAUGGCAGGAAGCAGAAAUGGACACAAGAGGAGACUGAAUGGAUCAUACAAGGGGUGAAAAAAUUUGGUGAAGGCAACUGGAAAGACAUCAUAAAGAAAUACCCCUUCCAGAACCGUACCUCCGUCAUGGUAAAGGACAGAUGGAGGACCAUGAAGAAACUGGGGAUUGUGCCAGAUGAUUAACUUUGUUACCCGAAAGAAACAUUGUGUUCCUUCCUACUUUUAUCCUUGGAUGUCUUGCAGUAUCACUGGAACAGACCUUCAUUUCAGUGGAUGUUAAUAGCAAGAUUUCUACCAAAGUGCAUUGCAGUACUUUCAUUAGUAGACUACAAGGCCUCUGGAUUAAGUACUAUCUAAAUAUAUCUGAUUGACCUGUGCAGAACAUGUAUUCCUAGUCACAGAAGGUAUAUUUAUCUUGAAAUUCAAAAACAUUAAAGGAACAAUAACAUAAAAAAAAUGAAAGUGUUUAUAAGUAAUAAACAAAAAAUGUAGCGUUGCCCUGCACUGGUAAAACUGGGGUGUAGUCAGAAAGACUAUU